CGCCGUGGUCCCCGCGAUCUCUCUCACCUUCGCCGCAGCCCCGACCCCCUCCCCUCAGCCCGCCCGUUCUCGGCGUGUCUCCCGCCCCCGCCAUGCCGAACAUCGUGCUGUUCAGCGGCAGCUCCCACCACGACCUGUCCCAGCGGGUGGCGGACCGCCUCGGGCUGGAGCUGGGCAAGGUGGUCACCAAGAAGUUCAGCAACCAGGAGACCAGUGUAGAGAUUGGUGAAAGUGUGAGAGGAGAAGAUGUAUAUAUCAUCCAGAGUGGCUGUGGAGAAAUAAAUGACAACUUAAUGGAACUGCUCAUCAUGAUCAAUGCUUGCAAGAUUGCAUCAUCCUCCAGAGUGACUGCCGUAAUUCCAUGUUUUCCAUAUGCCAGGCAAGAUAAGAAGGACAAGAAGGGGUCCGUGGAGCGUUGGAGUCGUGCUCCAAUCUCUGCAAAACUUGUUGCCAACAUGCUGUCAGUUGCAGGGGCUGACCACAUCAUCACCAUGGACUUGCAUGCUUCUCAGAUCCAGGGUUUCUUUGACAUUCCAGUAGAUAACUUGUAUGCAGAACCUGCAGUGCUGCAGUGGAUUAAAGAGAACAUUUUGGAGUGGAAAAACUGUAUCAUAGUCUCACCUGAUGCAGGUGGUGCAAAAAGGGUUACUUCAAUUGCUGACAGACUGAAUGUGGAAUUUGCUCUCAUUCAUAAGGAAAGAAAGAAGGCAAAUGAAGUGGACAGAAUGGUCUUGGUUGGUGACGUGAAAGACAGAGUAGCAAUUCUUGUCGAUGAUAUGGCUGACACAUGUGGCACAAUAUGUCAUGCAGCAGACAAGUUAGUAUCUGCUGGAGCUACUAAAGUUUAUGCCAUUCUUACUCAUGGCAUCUUUUCUGGUCCUGCUAUUUCUCGGAUUAAUAAUGCAUCGUUUGAGGCUGUUGUGGUAACUAACACAAUCCCCCAAGAAGAGAAAAUGAAACACUGCCCCAAAAUUCAGUUUAUUGACAUUUCCAUGAUCCUGGCUGAGGCAAUUCGAAGAACGCACAAUGGUGAAUCCGUGUCUUACCUGUUCAGUCACGUCCCCUUGUAACUGCAGGAGAUUACACUGCAUCUUUGAAAAGGUCCCUUCAGCUAGCACUGUUGUUCUUAACAAUGCAUGUCAACCACAAGAAAUUAGUAUCUUUGUAGAAUUCCAGAGCUUGUAUGUUUAAUUAUUAUAUUUGUCUUGUAAUUACCAUUUGUUCUUUGUAAAUGGGCAAUCAAUCUCUGACUUGCAGAAACUUUAUGAAUUCCCUUGAAAGACUGGAAGUCUUGUGUAUUACGUAACUUCUUUUAUGUGCCCGUCCCCACUUUCUGCUCAAUUGCUCCUUUGAAUCAGUUUUUCUAUACAGAACUGCAAACUGUCCAUAGAACUUUUAAUAGGAUGUAUGCAUGUAAGAUCAUUUUCUGUGUUAAGCUAAAUGUUGCAGGCUUGGGUAUCUUGUAUCUGUCAGGCAAGCAGCAGUUGGCUUUUGUUUUAUGCUUAACUACCAUUAAUAGUAUUUUGUAAGCCCUAACAGAAUGUAAAGUUCAUGUUAAUUUUGAGGAACUGUUGACACAUCCAUAGUUUCAACUGUGUUUCAUACACUUCACGUUCUUCUUUCCACAAGAUGUAUGUGGCUGCUGUUUUCUUUUGUAAAGCUCCCAUUACAUUAAAUCGUUUGCUUAACAUCUAUUCUGUGCAGUUACUGUCUUCAGCUGUAAGAUUAAUGUUUCAGUAUUCCUGGGAUGAUUCAUUUUAUGUGUUUCACUAAUAAGGACCAAUCUUUAAUGAUGAGCAGUUUGCUUUAAAUUCCAUUUUUUCCCUGUAGUUUUUGACAUUCCUUGAUUGUGAUCAUACGAAUCAUUUCAUAGCAGUGUUCCUGUUAAUAUUGUAAAGCUUCACUAUGCAAAGUCUAAACAGCAUAUUUAAACACUUGUAUUUAUGGAAGCUGGUCUAUACCCACAUUUACUUUUUUAAAAAAGUAUCUGAAAAUACUUUUUUUCCCAAACUGCACAGUCAAUAGAGCUUCAGGUUGCUAUUACAAAGUACCACAGUACUUUACUGUGCAGCCAGUGAACUCUGGUAGACUGAUUAGUGCUGAAUAUUUUAACAUUAGAGAAUUAAAAUCAUUGUGAAAACAGUUUCGCCUCUUGUAUGCUGAGAAACCUGAUGGUUAAGUAGUAGUAAUGCAGUCAGUAGUAGCUUCUGGGUGGAAAAAAACCCAAAUCUAAUACUGUAAUUUUAGGUCUUUGAAUCCUUCUAUGGAGUGUUUUCAGUCUUCCUGCUGAAAGGAGGAGUAUGUGUGUGUUAAGAUAGCAUCCCUGCACCUAGAUCAUGGGAAAGCUGUUUCCUACCUGAAAUUGCAGUUGUUAAUUACAAAAGCAUUUGCCAUGCUUGAAAGAUGCUUCUUUACUGUGGAUCUGCAUAAAAAAUAGCACUAUUUCAUCCUAUCUUGCUUAUUCUGGGUUAUAUUAAUAAUGAUAAAAUGUUAUAUUAUAAAAUGGAUUUUUUUCUAUUCCAUUUAAGACAGACUUCAGCCAGACUACUCUUUUGGUUACUCUGAGAAGGAAUCUAUUUUGUCUUUAUGUGUGGGUUUCUUUUUUCUAUAUGAAAAUGAGUAAAACAGAAUUUCACCUGCACUGCUUUCAGCAAUGAAUCCAGAAAUGGGGUACAUAGGACAUUGAGAACUAGUGGCUGAACUGAAUUCUUAUCACAGUGGAAUUCUUUAUUACAGUUGAAUUUUCAAAAAUAUUACAUAAAUUAAUUUACAUUAUUUUUUUAUUCGGUAAAGCAAUUUUUAAAAUGCAACAUUAUUGAGCCUUUUGUUUUGAAAUAUUAUUUUGCAUUAGGUUGUUAACCCCGAGUCUGUGGCCACAUAAUUAUGCCAAAGUUUAGACCUUAUUACUACACAAGAUAUACAAUUAAUUUAAUGCAUGGUGUCAGUUCAGUUCUAUAGAUCAGAUCUUUGUUACAAACAAUAUGCUGAAUUUUUUGCCUUUACUGUGCACAAGUAUUGUAAAUAAAACUUAAA